AUGAGACACUUGUAUCAUGGAAUUUCCAGAGUUGAUGAUGGCGUUAAGUCUCCACCUUUAGUUAAAGUAAAAGAAGAAGAACACGUCUUGGAUUUUUUGUUUACAAAAUCCCCAAAAAACGAAACAAAGAAUUUCAGGAUUACAUCACCAAGCCCGAAAUUACACAAAAAGAUGAGCUUGAAACCCAUUCCUGUCGAAAUAAAUGAUUUUUUAAAGUAUGAUAAAGAAAAAAACCUUGCUUUUAUGUCAAUAGAAGCCAAAACCAGAGAUAUUUCACAUCUGAAAGACAAAAUUAUGUUUCCGCCUAUUGAUUUAAAAAAUACACAAAAUAUUCUGCCUACAGAUAUAAAACAUUUGCAUAAACUUUUGUCCAAUGAGGAACCAUUUGGGUGUAGCAACCCGUCCAGUCCGACAUUUUUGGUUCCUACUUUUCCAUGUAUGAAAGAAGAAUGCAAUGAAUUUAGAUUAAAAACACAAGGAUCAAGAAGAAUAUUAAGAAACAGCUCUUGUACCAUUCCUGAGCUUCAUGAUCAUGAAAAACUAGACCUAGGGAAUCCAACAGGAAGACAAGAUGUGGAGAACCUCAAGAAAUGACUGCAACUUAUGAUAGAAAAAAUCAUUGGUCCGAAUAAAAAUAUAGAAGACGUUAGCAAAUCACUGCAAAAAGAGAUUUUGCUGAUAUACACAAUUUGUGCAAAGGAAAUAAUUAGGCAGGUUUCUGUGCAUUGUAUUGAAAGAGGAGAGAUUUUGAAAGAAGUGAUUGAAGCUCUGAUGAAAAUUAAAUUUUUGAAAAUAAAUAGACUAAAAGAAAAAUUUAGGAGCUUUGAGGAGAAGUGGAAAAAAGAAAUUGAGGGAGAAAUUGAGGAGAAAAGAAAGGUUAGAGAGGAGCUUGAAGGGAAAAUAGCAGAAUUAAAUGAAAAUGUGGCGAGAAAGUCAAACUCAAAGCUGAGGUUGAAAGCUAAGCUGAAUUCUGCAUUGAAACAGACUGAAUUGUUGAGGAAACAAACUUUGGAUGAGAUGGAAUUAAACAGAAGAAACACUUUUUAUGGAUUUAGAUCAUUAACGCCAGUGUCAAAUAAAUCGCUAGGGGGAAAUAACAAUUCGAGACAAAGAAGAUCAAGCUUUAGAGCUUCAUCAAUGUGUAACCCACCUUUAGAGGAAGAAGCAAGAGGCGCAAUGUAUGAUUUUGAAAAUGGCAAUAUGAGCCCUAUUAGCAAUCAGCCAGAUAUUUCAGAUGUACAAAUACAAGUUAGCCAAGAACCCAGUCCUGAGAAAAAAACUGCACAAAAUUCACUAUUAUUGCCUAGUUUGCCUCAAGAAAUAAAGCAAAAUGCAGAAGUUUCAACCCAAUGGGAUUUAAAUGAUUUAGAGCAGAUUAGCACCCAAGGUUCUGAAUCUCCAAAUGGUGAAAAAUCAAAAGUAAAUUUUAGUAAUGAAAAUCAACAAAAAUCAAUUGAAAAUUUAGAAAUUAUUGAAGAAAAUGAAGAAGCAGAGAUAGAUAUAAAUGAGGAGGAAGAAAAGUUUCUUCAAAUUGGAUUAACUGAACAAGAUUUAAUGAAAGAAAACAGUAACAUUGAAGAAUUAAGCGAAAUCAAUAUUGAAGAAAGGCAUUUGCCUGACCAAAAUUCAUCAGAAAAAAUCAUAAAGCUUAAAAAAGCUGAGGAAGAUGAAGAAAAAAACAAAUCAUUCUCACAAAUGUCCCAGAAUGAGUAUAAAAAUCCAGACGAGAGCUCUCCAAAUAAUGGCGGAGAAGACAGUUUAUCAAAAAUUAUCCAAAAAAACCAGUCAAAGCUGAAUUUCAUCACAUUUUUAAUCAAGAAGAAAAUGAUAAUACUAAAGAACUUAAACAAAGAAAUCGCGGAGAAAAAAGAAAAUAUGCAAUAUUCAAGCUCUACAGAUCAGAUCUCCAUGGUGCUACCUAAUGAAGAAAAUGCAUCAGAGCUUCAAUCCUUUUUUCAGCAGUCCAGAGAUAAUUUAACUUCUUCAGAUCUUUCGUCUGAUUUAGCUUCUGGAAGUGAACAAGGCAGUGACUUAUCAGAAAAUAGUGAAGAUUCUGAGCUAAUUAAUGAUAAUGAUACGUUAGAAGAAGAUAAAACUGAUGAAAUUUUAGAAAUUAGGCUGCAAAAUGAUGUUAAACAUGAAAUGGUACCAACCAGUAAGUCAUCAAGGGAGAGUGAGACACUGAAGCCAUUAAAAACUGGAGAUAAUAAGAUUGUCAAAUAUAGGAAAAAAAGAAGAAAAAAGACGAAUGUCAAUUAUUCUAAAGAGAAAGUAAGGGAUAAGCAUUAUGUUCCACUAGACACAAACGAAACUGAAACACCUAAAUCCGGCAAAGCCUAUGAUAUCUCUCCUGUUCAUAUUAAUGACCCUAUAAUGAUAGACGAUCAUAGAGAAAUCGAGCUUCAUUCUACUGAUAAAAAAUAUACUCCUAUAGCCAAUACCCAAAUUAAUGGCUUAGACAUCCCAAUGCGAAGACUUUCUAAACGAGGCAACACUAUGUUUUUAAACCAAUCUCCAAAACCAACCGAAGAUGAAGAAAAAAUCGUCCAAAAGACUAACACAGAAAGGCAUAUCGCCGAAAUCCAAAAAUCAAGCACUGAAAUGCAGCUAUUUCGUCAAGACACCAAAGCCUCCAGAAGCUCAAACCCAAAGCAAGGUUUCCAAAGGAGAAAAGAAAGGAGACUAACAAGCACAAAAUUCAAAACUUUUCAUUUCCAAAAAAAAGAAACCAUCAUUUCAAAAAAAAUCAUUCACCCUGCAAUUGGCCUCCUAGCAAGAUUUCUUAACAAAAAAAUGGAUUGGAUUCGAAAAAAAUCAACAAUGACAAGAAAAAUGGUCCAUAGAUUGAUAAGUUCUAUAUAUUCUUCAUGCUUAACCAAGCUGAUGUCUGGGCAAAUUAUAGAAGGGCUAGUUGAGUCUACUUAUGACGAGUUUACACAGAGAUACGGAAAUAAAAAAUCGUCAGAAAAAAAAUUCAUAGAGUUUAUAUCUUCAUUAUUCAGCACUAUUGAUAGCAAAAGAGCUGUAAACUUCAUGAGAUUUAUAGGCACAGCCAAAAGAAUCAGCAUGCAAAAUUUUUCGAAAUUCAGCUUUAUCUUUUACCUGCAAGCUUAUCAUUCAAUAGUCACUUCAAAUAAAGGAAUAUCAGUAGCUUAUGAUGAUACAGUCGAAAAAGCAAUGAUACCUAAAAUAAGAGCAAUAGAAUUUUUAAAUACAAAGUUAGAGCAUAUUAUUGAUAAACAAAGCCAUUCAAGGAUUUCAGCCACAAUUGAGUAUCUAUCUGUGCCAGAUCCCAAAAAAAUUAAUAUUUCAGGGUUAGUUGAGACAGAAGCUGUAUUAGAGAUAUUUAUUGAAGCACAUGAAGAUUAUCAGAAAAGGAUAAAUCAAGGGCUAUAUCUUUUAGUUGAAGCAACUCGGUAUAAUGAAGAUAAAGCACAUCUGCCAUUUGAAGAAUUCUUGAUUUAUGCAAGAACUAUUUCUCCUCAAAAAUAUUAUUUAGCAAGAGACGAUAUCAGAAAAUGGAUCGAAAAUUUUAAAGAUGAUGAAGAAACAAGCCAACUUGAAGAAAUUUUUGGAAAAUGUGUAGAAAAAAAUCUACUGUGUAUUGGAGAUGUACAUAAUUUUUAUACACCUAAAGAAGAUUUAACCACUGAAGCGGUGCUAAAUGAGAUGAAUGCAGGAAAAGAAACAAUGAUGGAUAUUAUUGAGAAAAUGAAAGAAAUUCAUGAAAAAAAGUGGAUGUCGCUAGAUGAAGAGGAAUGAACAAGAAAACUUGAAAAUUGCCAAGAAAGCGUGAAGAAUAGAAACCCGGCAGAAGCUAUGCUAGCUUGGAAGAUAUACAAAGCAGAAUUAUUGAGGAUUUAUGAAAUUAUUGAUUCGAGUUAG